CGCAAUUAAAUCGGAUCAUGGAUGGCGACCUUCUCGCUCAGAGGGGGGACUGGACCAGAACCAAAGAGGCCGUGGCAAACUUUCGGAAGCUGCUCCUCUGCUCAAAAUGCUCGCGCCUGCUGAGCGAGCCGGUGUGCCUGGGAGCGUGCGAGCACAUGCUCUGCAGGUCCUGUGCUGGCCUACGGGCAGGGGACGGCUGCGCCGUGUGUCACAGCCCCGCGUGGGUAAAGGACAUCCAAAUCAACAAGCAGCUCAGCAACAUCACACAACUCUUCUGUGGUUUGGAGUCCCUGCUGAAUGGCACCGAGAAGUCAGGAAACUCUUCAGCCACGCCGCAAGCAGAGCCUGUGAAUGUUGUCUUAAAGCACAAGAAGAACCUCAAGAUCUGGUAUAGCCCUCACAGUCGCAAAGUGCGCUGCGUGGUGAGAAAGCAACCAGAGGCCAUCAGAAGCCCUCACGCCCCACCAGAUUGCGGGUCCGGCACAGACGUGAACUCAGCACUGCCAAACACCUUCGAGGCUGAAAGCAAAGACCUGUCAGUUUUCAACUUCGUCAACUCUUCCCAAGACUUCUCAGCCCCCUCUCCUCAAAGACCGAAAAAUAAAAGGGGCAGGAGGAAGCGGGGAACUACAGUUGCUCCCAACAGAAUUUCUGCUGCCUGUGGCGCUGGUCAGGUAACGCGUAAACAGACCAGGCAGAGGAUGAAGACACAGCAACUGGAUGAUAUUAACCAGCAGUGGGGGAUCAGCAAGGAGGAGGUGACAUCUGGGGAAGGGAAACAAGUCUGCGCUGAGAAGGAGGAGCAGAUGCACUGUAAACGGGUGUCCUUCAUAAGCCCGGAUGCCACCCUAGAGGAGCCUCAGCCCUCUGGUCCGAAGGAGAAUGCUGACGUUGUCAGCCCUAACAGGCGUAUCCUGAAGGGAACUCUAUCUGGAGACUGUCCACCUCUCCCUAAGAGCCCAGACCCAUCUACUCACAGCACAGACAUCAGUCCCUCUCAUCAGAACGCUUUGUCUGUAGAUGUACCCAAACCAAUCCAGGGCACCGGAGAACAGGAUGGUAUAUCCCCUCAUCAGUGUACCCCGAAAAGAUCUAGAGCGGAGAUGACAUGCUCUGCCUCGGAGAACACUCCGAAAAGGCACAGGGCUUCUCCGUGUCAGAGGAGAAUUUUGAAAUGCCAAGAGGUGCCUUAUCCGGGAGGGUCCAGAUCCCUGUUAACACCUCCUGCUCAAGCCAGUCCCAGGUAUGGACAGAGAACCAAAAGCCCCUUGGCAAAGCAGGGACACAGUCCCUCCACCCCAGGUGGCCAUUCUCUGCAAGGGAGCCCUGCCAUUAUGAAGAGGAACCACAAGGGAGAGACACCGCUUCAUGUAGCCGCUAUAAAGGGAGAUGUGGACACUACCACGGAGCUGCUGGACCAAGGAGCAGACCCCAACCUGAAGGACAAUGCUGGCUGGACACCUCUGCAUGAAGCAUGUAACCUGGGUCACCUGGCGGUAGUGGAAGUUCUGGUGAUGAGUGGCGCUUUGCUGAACACACCCGGCUACGAGAACGACUCCCCCCUGCACGAUGCGGUGAGGAAUGGUCGCCACGCCGUUGUUAAACUGCUGCUGCAGCAUGGAGCCUCGCAGAACGUGAUGAAUCUACACGGAAAGCGGCCUGUGGACUACGCGAUAACUCCAGAAAUGCAAGACAUUUUUCGGACUGCCUCUGAAGUAUGCUGCCCGACUAGUGAGGCUCUUAGCCCUUCAUCCAACUUCUCCACAGCAAACAGUGGUGUGACAAGGGAUGAGCAGGUGGUUAUUUUGACCAGUAAACUAUCCCAGCCCCAGCAGAAGCAACUGACCAAAUUGUGCCAGCAACUGGGAGGGAAGAUGGUCAACACCUUCUCUGACGCAGUGAGCCAUGUGCUGGUGCCAGACGGCCCUAUGCCCACCACUCUCUCCUGUCUCCUGGGCAUCCUUGCGGGCUGCUGGGUCCUCAGAUACAGCUGGGCGGAGGCGUGCGUGCAGGCGGGCGAGUGGACGCCCGAGAGCGAACACGAGGCUGGGGAAAGCCCACGGCGCAGCCACAUCAACAGAUGUGGCCUGCUCCCGCCGUUGUUCGACGGCUGUUUCUUCUUCUUCCUUGGCACCUUUGAGAAUCCCCCUAAACAGGAGCUCGCCCAGCUGCUCAGGGAGGGAGGAGGCCAGCUCCUGUGCCGGCAGCCCAAGCCCGACAGCGACGUCACACAGACGCUGAACACUGCCGCCUACCACGCCGCGCCGGGCUCCGACCAGGCGCUGUGCACCCAGUACAUCCUCUAUGACCCCAAGGGACCCCACAGGCCCGCUGUGGUCAAGCGUGGCAAGGUGUGGUCAGCCCCCUCAACCUGGCUUAUUGAAUGCAUCGCUGCCUUUCGCCUCCUCCCCGUGCCUGAUCCUCCACCGAAAUGA